ACCCCGAGCUACACUCGGGCUGACCAUGCGGCGUUGCACAGGGAUUCCCUGAAGCGCUUACCUUGUCCUUUGCUAACGCGAUGUCUCUCCUGCAGCGUCCCCAGCCAUCUCCUCCGGCCGAUGCCGGCAUCCGGCUUCCGUGUUCCGGUCCCUGUGAGGUCGGGACGUACGGGAGCCAGAACAGGGCGGCAAAUUUAAAAAUUAAAAAAAAUGUAAUUUUUUUUUUUAAAUGAAUAUCACAUACGCUUUGUCCUGUGCCCUGCCUGCAUUUUGACUGUUCUUUCUG